AUGCUGAUAACAACUGUUCUAGUCACAAACUUUAUCUUAGCUGCUGCUCAAAUUAGUGCAGUUACAGAAUACUGUGAUGUUAAUUCAAAAAGCAGUGAUUGUAAGCUCGAGGACUCUGGCAUCAAAUAUCUGUUUUACGAUGUUAAUCCACCAGAAGGCUUUAAUUUACGUCGAGAUGUUUACAUGAGGUUUGCAAUAAUGCUGUCAGAGGCUCAUAAGAGAGGUAAAAGUAAUUGGAAACUGGUUUUACCGCCUUGGUACAAUCUUUAUCAUUGGAAAUCGGAUCGGGGUGUUAAGAAGCCGUGGAGUAAAUUGUUCGAAUUAGACGCUUUAAAAUCCUUUGCACCUGUCGUAGAAAUGCACGAAGUGUUUAAUAACACAAAAUCAAAAGUACUAGAACUUGAUACUUUGUAUGUUUUAGAAAAUUUUGAGGAUGCCUUUGAAAACGGUGUUUUUACUGAGAAAUGGGAGAUUAGCCGAGGUACUUGUGAACACAGUACGAAAUUUUGGGGCUAUAAAAAUAUUACUGUGAAAGAAAUUCUGUGUGUGAAGUUUCAAGGGCAAAUUUCUAAGCUCUGGGAGUUAAUAUCACAACAUCCUCAUGACACUAAAGUCAUGUUUGCACACGGUGAAAUACCUUUACAUGACACUUACGGCACUAAAACUUAUUGGGAUUGCCGUAAAAGUAUGAAAUUCAAUAAGAAACUUGUCAAAAUUGCAAAAAAAUACAUCUCCGAGCAUUUAAACUGUGAAAGUAAGAAAUGUAAAAACUACCUUAGUGUUCAUUGGAGAAGGCAGGAUUUUGCCCGGAGCAGGGGUAAUGAAGUUCCAUCCAUAUCAGGAACGGUAAAGCAAAUACUUAAAACCCUUAAAAAGUUACCGGACAUCACAACAGUUUUUAUAGCAACAGAUGCAUCAAUGUCCGAACUUAACAAAGUAGAAAAAGAAUUAUCAGAUGUUGGAUACGAAAUUCAUUUCUUUUUACCGAGCCCAACAAUAACGGAUGAGUACGGAGAUGGGGGGAUAGCAAUAAUUGACCAAAUAGUUUGCUCCCGUGCUGCAUAUUUUAUUGGUACCCAUGAGAGUACAUUCACAUAUAGAAUCCAGGAAGAACGAGAGAUAUUGGGCUUCAAAAGUGAUACCACAUUUAACAGACUAUGUCCUGAUACUGGACUUUGCGAGGAACCUUCAAAGUGGACAAUAAUUAAUUAA